AAGCUAUCUGGUGGAAAUCAUUCAGUCGUCUGCUACAUUAAGAAAGUGAAAGUUAUUACUGCUUGCUUCAAAGAAUAUUCAAUAAAAUACGAAAUGGCAAGCGUUUCGGGAACGUUUGUGAAAAUAAGUGUAUUGAGUAGUAUAGGAGUUGGCAGCUGGUACGCUGGCCAGUUAUGUGAAAGAAUAAAACAUGAGAAUAAAGAAAAAGACAUCCGAGCGGGUUUAUUCUCUAGUUAUGGCAUUAAAAAUGUGCCCGCUCUGCCAAUUUUUGGAACAGUUUCUGCAGCAACACCACUAGUCCCUGCUGAUCAUCAAGGAGAUAUGGGAUCUGGUCUUUCAACAAAGGCUACAAGAAUUUCACAGAUAAUGAAGUACGGUUUUCCGGGACUCGAUAAUGUUAGAUCGUACGACAAUUUUGUUCUCUCGUACGACAGAAGGAACAGAGUUGCUCACUGGGUAUUCGAACACCUGACGAAGGAGACUUUAAAACCAAACGAUAGUAUAGACAGAUCCAAAUGUGAAUUUAAACCAGAUACCAGUAUACAUCCGUUUUUUAGAGCUGACAAUAGUGAUUAUAAAGGCAGCGGUUAUGAUCGUGGUCACUUAGCUGCAGCGGGAAAUCACAAAGUGGAUCAGAAACAUAUAGAGCAAACAUUUUUUUUAUCUAAUAUAGCACCUCAAGUUGGCGUUGGUUUUAAUAGGCAUUCCUGGAAUAGAUUAGAGAAAUAUGUCAGGAAAUUAACUCACGUUUAUAAAGACGUCUACGUCUGUACUGGUCCACUUUAUUUACCAAAGAAGGAUGCUGAUGGAAAGAAGUACGUUCGUUAUGAAGUAAUCGGCGCAAAUCAUGUGGCCGUCCCAACGCAUUUUUAUAAAAUAGUAGUGGGUGAAACGGAUGAUUCUAAAUACGAAAUGGAAGCAUUUGUUAUGCCAAAUGCUCCGAUCGAUGAGAACACGCCACUCACGAACUUUCGAGUACCUCCAGAAACUGUGGAACGAGCGGCUGGUCUUUUAUUCUUUGACAAGUUAUCACGUGAGAAACUCUCGAAAAUUAAUGGAAAAAGUAUCGGAUGGUUUUAAGAAAUGUGGAAGGUAGGAAAUGCAAUUUUACAAACAUGAGUGAUGUUGGGCAUUUUCCCAGCCGUAUGUACAAUUUUAUUAGAGGGUUGUAUGGAGUGAAUUUUAAGACGAGUUUUUAACUUUUUUUAGACUGAUAUUGACGAUUAUAUUUUUAAUUGUAGCGUGCAAUACUUACCUGUUAUUAAAUGUUAAAUAUAUACUGGGUACUGUUACAAAUCUAUUAUUCAUUAUGUAAAAACUGUUUGUGUAUAAAUGCUCAAAUCUUUA